GUUAUGGAUGAACUUUAUCAAUCAGUAAUUAGGCAGAGAUAUAAUUCUUCAAUGACAUAUUAGGAAUAUUUGGAUACUCAUGAUUAACCUCCUCCUACCCCUAAAAUAAAGUAUAAUUUACAUUUUGAUUAGGGCUAAAUAAUCACAGUAAAUAGUUGAACCUCUAACCCUUGAACCUCAUAAAGGACCAAAAAUUUAGUAGCAAAAAUUAGCUAUAUACACACCAGAUGAAGUCAUACUGGAAGAAUCAGAAAACGAUGAAAAGCAACGAUCCAAUUAAAUUCCAAGAGUCCCAUGUUAAAAAGCUUUAAUUGAACAUGUAUUAUAAUUAAAUAAUUAUAGGAUAUAAGAAUGCGUAGCCAAAGCGAAAAUUUAAGCUUUUCUGUAUUUAGAUUCCUUUAAUAAAAGAAAAAAGCAUGA